CUUAAAUACACUUUCGCAACUUCCUCAAAAUGACAGUCGACAUGAGCACUGCCAAGGAGGUCAAGCUUCUCACUCUACUCAACGUCAGCGCCGUCAAGCGACCCCGUGAACUCGACCUCCCGGGCGGCCACCGUUCAUCGCCUUCCCUCAAAGGCACUUCAACUCAGCAGAACUCAGAAGACGGCGAGUCCAAGAAACGCAGGAAGAGUGUAGUUUGGGGCGGAGAGGUUGGACCGAGUGGUAGCCACUAUUUGAAGGGCAGCGGUAAAAGAGAAAAGGGAAAGGCCAAGGAAAAGACCGUUGAGAUGAAUGAAAAUUCCGCAAACGGCGAUGCUGCCGAGAUCGUGGAGGACGAUGACGAGCAAUCAGACAAAGAGGAGGAAGCUAUAACCUCUGAUCUCUUCAACAUUCACUUUAGCGCAGCUCCUCCAAUUCUGACUUCUGAGGCUCUGUCAUCAGCCGAAGGCAACCAAUGGAAGUCUGAGAGGAAGAGCUUGAAAGGAUUUGGCAGGGUGGUAGAACUGACCCCUGAGAAAUCUGCGUUUGGGUUUGUUGAAAAUCAGAAGACAAGAAUCACUCCUUCUCUCCUGCCAGCCAUCAAGGAUUCUUCAGCUACCAUCCCCCUUUUGUCAACAUACUUGUCCCAUUUGGGAACAUACAAGGACUAUUAUCUUCACUCGCUCGACGGUGAAGCAGACGGCUCAGAAACGCAAUUGAUUGGUCAACACAAGGAGGCCAUGAGGAAAGCUGCUGUUAUCCAUUCUGUCAAUCAUGUUCUCAAGACUCGAAGAAGAAUUAUUCGAAACAACGAAAAAUUGGCUCACGCUGCCUCAUCAGACAACUCCACAUCGGUUGCGGAGCCUCCUCGAGACCAAUCUUUUAUCCGCCCUAAGGUCUUGUUCCUUCUUCCCACUCGAUCGCUUGCUCUUAGCUAUAUCAAGACCCACCUCUUCCCUCUCGCUCCUGCCGGUACUCAGAUUGAGAACCAGCGAUCCUUCGUCUCCUCUUUCUCUCUGCCUCAGGACGAGGAAGAUCCUCUCGCCAAUCCUUCUACCAGCGCCGACUUCCCCAUAGACCAUCUCGUGAACUUCCGCGGAAACAGUGACGACAAUUUUCGAUUCGGCAUCAAGAUUACUAGGAAAGCUUGGAGAGUGGUCAUGAUGCCUGCGAACGAAGAGAAGUUGAUUGAUUGUGAUAUCCUAAUUUCAAGUCCUCUUGGUUUCAAAAUGGCAGCUGAAAGGGAAGACAGCACAGAUUUGCUGAGUAGUUUGGAAAUUUGCAUUGUGGACGGUGUGGAUGUGAUGCAGAUGCAGAACUGGGAACAUGUUCAGUUCAUCUUUAACAAUAUCAACCAAAUCCCCAAGAGCCCUCAUGGCUGUGACUUUUCGCGAGUCAAACCCUGGUAUCUCGAAUCACAAGCCAAGUACCUCCGACAAACUAUUAUCUUCGGCAGAUAUGACACCGUAGAGGCGCGUGCGCUUUUCAACAGGUCUUGUCACAACUUGCAAGGCAAGGUGCGAAGUGAGAGGAACGAUUUUGGUGGAGUUAUGGACCGAGUCAGGCCUGGUGUGCGACAGGUGUUUGAACGCUUUGAUUUGGAAGGACCCAAGGGUAUGAAUGGAGAGGCUGCUGUUGAUGAGGUCGAGAAGAGAUUGAAAUUUUUUACCGAAAACACAAUCCCUGCACUUCUUCGGGCCGCCAUCUCCCGACAGAACACACUGAUCGUUAUUCCCUCGUACUUCGACUUUGUGAGAGUUACCAACUACCUCCGAAAGGCCGACAAGGUGUCUUUCGCUGCCAUCUCUGAAUAUUCCUCCAACGCCGAAAUCAGUCGCGCCCGUACACUCUUUUUCAAGGGCAAGAAGGCUUUCCUUAUUGUUACCGAACGUUUCCACUUUUACCGACGCUACAAGAUCCGAGGCGCAAAGACCAUUGUCUUUUACUCUCUUCCGGACCAUGCUCAGUUCUAUUCAGAAUUCAUGGACACCCCAUUCUUAGCAUCAAAGAACAAGUCGGAGGACGAAGUUGACAUCGACGAAGCGGAAGUAUCUAGCAGGGUGUUGUACUCUAGGUUUGAUGCCCUCAAAUUGGAACGUGUGGUGGGCAGCGAAAAUGCCCGGAAGCUGUUGAAGACUAGUGAAAGUCGAUUUGAAUUCAUCUAGAGUCUUGUAGUUGAGAUGAUGUAUCUAGUAUGCACUAUCGAUACUUAUUCG